AUUAUCAACAAUUUCCACUAAGAAAAAUUCCCCUUUUGAAAAUCUAUUUUAAUACUCUUUUUGUUGUCUUGUAUUUACACUAACCAUGGUAUAUAUCUCAAAUUUUUUAUCAUGUUCACAUUAUACAGUAAACUUUUUCCAUAACUUAUAAAUUUCACUUUCUCUUACAAAUUGCCAUACACUCAUAUACGGACAAACUUCUCCAUGUUUUCCGCAAAUCAAUCCCACAUUAAUAAACCACUUUGUGCACAACACACAAACAUUACACAAAAAGUUUGAUGAUGUUGUAUUGUUUUUUUUCUAUUUUUAUGUAACCUUGUUUAUAUUUCUUUAUCAUACUCAUAUAAUAUUGUAUACUGGAAUCUUGUCCUUUGCCAUAACCAGUUUCAGAAUGAAUUCAACACUCAUGGCCAGCAAAGCACAAAGAAUACAAGAAUUUGGAAUCAAUCCGACACAACAUAGCACCGCCAUAAUAAUAUCCAACACCAAUAAACCACUCGGCUACCGCCGUCGUUUCCAAUCUGAAAAGAAAAGAAGGAGAAUCGAACACCACUGCGGUCACGAUGGAAAUCAGCCGCCAGACGUCCUCAGAUCCACGCGCAACCACGCAUCUCGACAGCAAAGCUCUACCGGCAACGCGUCAACAGCUCCGCCGUUGAAAUCAGCGGCACCGCCGGACAGCUCUGACGGUUCGAUCCACACUGCAAACCCUCCCAGCCACGACGCAGCGCCGCACGCCGUCGCGUUGCCGCCAUCCCGCUUCACACUACCACCGCGAUCUCCAUUAGCAACCCUCAACAAACUCAGAUCCGCACCUUGCUACCGAUUGAGGAUAGCGGCUUUCGACUUGGUGAGGAUUAGCUCAUAAGUCAGUGUGUAAGUAUAGCGUCAGGUGUCAUGCUCUGAUAUUGUAACAUUAGGGGAUGGCUAGUUUAGAGUUUAUGAUGAUAUUCUAUUUUGUUGUUAUCGGAUUAAUCUUGUGAGAUAUUGCAUAGAUGAUGUUAUGCUUAUUCGUUGAUGAAUUUUCCGCUGUGUAGAAACAUGAAUUAUUAUGUAUUAUGAUGAAUUCCUCAGUAAACACAUGACAAUGACAUGUGAUAUUUAUAAUAAAUAUGAAUUGUGGAACCCUUGUUUCAUGUUACUCUAAAAUAUUUAUUUAAUUGCCGCGGGGAUUAGAAGGAUGUUACAAUAGUGGUAUCAGAGCAGGUCGUUCCGUCCGGCCAAUUGUCGAGUCAGUUGAGCUACGCGACAGUUGAAUACUGUCGGCGUAUUAUCUCUUGGUAUGCGACAUGUAAGUGAAUCACUAUUGGUACUUGUUUGUUUUGUUGUAGGAGUUGGUUUGAGCAGAGUGGGGGAGAAGCUUUGCUUCUCGGAAGAGGUUCAGUUGCAAGUUUGCAAAGAGGAUUGCUGUCGUGAUGCUUCAGAAACUGAACUUCGGCGAAGGAAUGUAUCGCUCAAGUUAUAAGAAGUUUGAGAGAAAAUAGAUGUGAUAAGGUGUUGUUUGGAAUGUGAUUGAUUUGAAGAGGGUGAGUUUUGGAGCGAAAUUUGCGUAAGCAAAACGCAGGAAAAUUGCUGAAUCGUUGUGAAACUUCAAAAAUUCAUAAUUGGAGAUCUGGACAUCCAAUUUGAGUUCCGUUUGAAGCGUCGGAAAGCUAACAAGAUGAACUUUGUUAUAAAAAUGGUAGCAGCAGUUGUAACAUAUUUAAUUGUUACAGGAUGAUGUUAGAAAGAGGUGAAGUUGCGGUUACGCUUGUUCUUAGAAUUGGACUUGUUGUUGGUACCGCACGAGACGUCAGUGUCAGAGUUGAGCGGAUUGAAGGAAUAAUUAAAGGUUGUUAAGAAGAAAUUUUAGAAAUUAAGUGUACAAUUUGAGGUAUUUUGGAGAUAUCGCUUAGAGUGUCGCUGCAUGAUGUCGAUGUUGCAUUUCGGAUGACGUUGGAAAAUUCAUAUUUUGAGUUCCGAAUGUCGGAUUAAUGUGCCGUUUGAACCUACGAAAAGGAGAGAUUAUGUUCUACCUUAUGGGAGAGUUAUAAAUACAAUAGAGGUGAUCCUAUGAGGAGAGAGUCUGAGGUCAGUUAUGGAAGCGUAAAACUUGUUGAAUAGGAAUGGUUAUUAUCGCAAUUGUUUGAAACGAAGU